UGGUUUUGAGCAAGUGGAUUUUUGUUUUUCCCUCUUUCCCCUAAUAUCUCAGUAUGCCAAAUCACUUACAGGUUUGUAGAAAACCUCUUCAGAAUGACCUUUUUAAACUUUGUGUUUCGUUUGCUUACUCUGCAGUUCAACAUGCACUCCUGGUCCCAAAAAAAGGCCAAACCCUAAAUUGUAUAAGCUUUUGAUGGUCUCAACAAAUACUCGGGAAAAUAAAGAACAUGUUGACAUGUAUGUUAGAAUUUUAUUUUAAAAUUUUAGAUCUUAGUGGGGGGGGUUUCCCUGUUUUUUAAAAACAAGAUAGUCUAUACGUAGAGUUUACAUGUUCCUAUCACAAAAAAAACCGCCCCAACAGUUAACUGCAGCAAUGAGCACAGGACCAUUUGAUUUGGACCAUAAAACUUAAAUUAAGGUCCUUCCCGUUUAUAGGCAGCAGCGUAAAGGCUCUGGACUCGUUGGUCAAACUAAUAUUGCGAUACAAAUGAAACGUACCGGUUACCGUGUCCAGAAUCGCUGUUUCCAUCGUUGCUAUAGUUUCCGUUUUGUUUUGGAAGGCUAAGUCGUGGCUAGGCCGGAUCCCCAGCAUAGCGGAAAACAUUUACCUGCGCUUUAAAGUAAGUAUAAAAUCAUUUUAGUCAGCUAGUCGGUGUUUGGCCCCACUCGGGAAUGGAGAAAUCCGAUAUUAUUGAUUUCUCGGCACUCGAGAAGGAGUUGAAGAAUGCGCUGGAAGCGGACAAGAAAUAUCAGCGAGAAAACGAUGCGAAGUUCCGAGCCAUUCAUCAAAAAGUUGCCUCUUAUGAGGAAUUCAGGGAUAUUGUACUGGCAUCCCAUCUCAAAUCCUUAGGAAAACACGACACAACCUCCGCGCCCCGAAAGCAGCCGUGGAAUUCAGUUGCUGUAGGUUAUAAGGAGCGAAUGGGAGCGUCACCCGACUUUGUCCCCCCUCUGCAGGCUGACUUUCAGCCAAGGACUGCGUCGGAGUUCAGCAGAGACUGGCGCAGGUUUGGUGGAAGUUGGAAGGAAAAGUAUGGUCUCCUCAUCAGGCUGGGUGGGGAGAGGUUGCAGGGAAUUUUCCGCGCGGAGGUGGGCUUUGGGCUUCUAGGCGAGUUCCUAGUCGUCCUUUCCCAAUGUCUGUUGCCAGGGGACGAGGCAGUGGCGAUUAGCUUGCUUGAAGGCCUGUCAGAGACUGGCCGCUUUGCCCUCAAUGUGUCCCUCCUGAGCCACGCUGAGCAAGAAGCUUGUGAAGGUCUCUUCCACAGGUUGUGGGAUGCAGUAGGGCAGCCCUCUGCAUCCCAUCACAACCCUCGGUGGAUUUAUUCCAAGGAUGAGAACAAACCUUCUGGCUUGUCUGAGGCAGGAGAAACACAGUGUCCUGAGCUCACCUCAGAGGUUGAGGUUGCAGGAAAACUCAAAUGUCUGAUGGCAAAGUAUGGACUUUGUGAGAGUGCAUGAUGUUUUCUUCAAGUUUUUUUUAAA